AUGAGGCUGUCACUGGUGCUGUUGCUGCUCGCGGCGGUAGGACUCUGUCGCGCGGCUACGGACACCUGCAACAUCCUCAGCGCCAAGUCGCCGACGCUGAGGCUCAAGAGGCACCUGUUCUGCGAAUACGACACUUCGAUAAGACCGGUCUUGUCUAAGAACACGGCCGUCAACGUCUCUGUUGUCAUCAGGCCUAUGCUUAUGAACUUUAUCGAUGACAAGAGCACGUUUAUUCUACACGCUUGGAUAAGUUUUGAAUGGACGGAUCAACACCUGACGUGGAAGCCCGAGGAUUUCGAUGGGGUCCAGGAGACCCGAGUGAAAAGCGAUGAGAUUUGGGUACCCGAUUUCGCACUCUACAACUCAGGGGACAUGGAAACUUCGCAAACAGGCAUACCCGAGACUCUUUGCCAACUGUCCCACACCGGAUCAGUAAUUUGUUUGCCAUCGAUCAAGUACAAGACCCUGUGUGAGUCGGAUUUCACGUAUUGGCCUUAUGACAAGCAGACUUGCACACUUAGGAUGGGCUCGUGGACCCAUACCGGUGAAGAGAUAAGCUUCGACUUUAAAAACUCAUCGAUCGAUAUGUCGAACUAUCGUGAAAACAACGAGUGGAAAAUUUUGAACUACACGGCCAGUAAGAAGAAUCCAAAGUACUCUUGCUGCCCGAAUGAAACUUUCCCGUCAUUGCUCUUGGAUUUCGAGCUUGCAAGGCACCCUACUAUGUUACACGCAGCUUACAUCACUCCGGCUGUUGUUCUUAUGGUCAUCACGUUGACAGUCUUGUGGCUAGACUCGCGUUCAGUUGAAAGAAUCUCACUCGCCGCAGUGAAUUUUAUCUGCCAUUUGCUAUGCAUCAACGAUCUACACUGGAUGGUACCGGUCAAUGGAUCGUAUGGAUCUCCACAUAUAUUGCUUUUCUUCCGAGACUCGAUGGUAUUGGCGACGUUCGCAAUGGUCGUGACGACGUUGCUGCGAAAGCUACAGUCGACCAAAGUUGCGCCACCAGGCUGGAUAGUAGCGACGGUAACGAUCGUCGCGAGCAACAGAGCAGGACGAUUCCUCCUACUGGACGAUAAUAACGUGGCCGGUGACGACAAGCAGCUCGUCAGCAACAACAACAGCGGCUCCGGCGACGUCGAGGAGAACGUCUCUGUUUUUGCGGCUAAGACUGAUGCUAACGAAUCUUGGAGAAAGCUCGCCAUCAUCAUCGAAUGGCUUGCGUUCAUAGCCACAGCUUUCACGUACAUCAUGCUCAUUAUUUUGCUCGUGCCGUCGCCCGUAAGCUGGAAAUAGAACUUUAAGGAACAGCAGCAAGAGUUACGGAGGUGUUACGUUAAGAAAUCAUUUCAUCAUUUUGUAACAAUUUUUAAAAAUUUGUUGAAUUUUGUAUAUCAUCUUAAAGUUAUUGCAACAAACAUUUUUUAUUUUCACAUGGUACAGAGUUCAUUAAUAGACAGGUCAAAAAUUGUGUUGUUCUGAUUAAUCAGAGCUUUUUGUAUUCCAAAUAUAGAAAAAAUAAAUAUUCUGUAGUUUUUUA